AUGAAGAUGUUGCAUACGGCCACUGGGAUGGAGGUCACAGCUCCAAAUGACCACUUACUAUACAGCAACCGGUCCCAGAUUAACUCUACUCUGAAAGCUUGUGAAGACGCGUUGCAUGAUGCAGAAACAGCAUGCAGACUCCAGCCGUACUGGUUGAAAGGUCACUUAAGGAAAGGACAAGCAUUAGCUAAUCUGGGGAAAACGGAAGAGGCUUUAAGAGAGUUUCUGUUCUGCCUUGCUCUAGAUACUGGGAACAAGACAGCCCAAUCUGAGGCUCAAAAGCUUCUACUUAGUUUAUUUUCACUCAUCCCGGGAAAUGCUCAGGAACACUUACCUGAUAUCCUGCAGCUGUUGUCACAUCACUCUAGAUUAAAGGGGAAUCUCCUAAAUUCAGUGGGAUCUGGAGGCACCAGCCAUAACCUACAAAGGUUGCUCAAGAUAAAUGUGGAACAGAAAAAAGGUUUUCCUGUCCAAGAGAAACAAAAUGUUACUACUUCUGGCAGUCUGAGGAAAUCUAUACAGAUUACAGAAAGUAAAAAGGACUGCUCGGGGGAGGAGGACAAACUCGCCUCCAUAUCAGAGUCUGCCUUUCUCAUUUCUGAGAAGUGCAGCCUUCUGAAAAGGAAGUGCUGCUCUGAGGAGAUGAGGAGCGCUGAGGUGCCCUGCAAGCUCGUGAAGAAAGAUUCAGUUGAGAUCAAGGGAAGUAGUGCUGGGCACCAUAUUCCAUUUGAAUCUGUGGAUCCAUCAGAUUUGGACUGCUCCCUGUGUAUGAGGCUCUUCUACGAACCUGUCACUACACCUUGUGGGCACACGUUCUGUCUGAAAUGCCUUGAGAGAUGCCUGGAUCACAACCCAAAAUGUCCCCUGUGCAAAGAAGGUCUCUCAGAGUGCUUGGCUAUGAGGAAAUACUGUAAAACGGUACUAAUGGAAGAGUUGAUAGCUAAAUAUCUUCCAGAGGAACUCACUGAAAGAAGAAAGAUUUAUGAAGAGGAAAUAGCAGAGCUUUCGAACCUAAAUAAGAAUGUUCCUAUAUUUGUCUGCACAAUGGCUUAUCCUACAGUCCCAUGCCCUUUGCACAUCUUUGAGCCAUGUUAUCGACUGAUGAUUCGACGGUGCAUGGAGACUGGCACCAAACAGUUUGGGAUGUGCAUCAGCGAUCCUGUCAAGGGGUUUGCAGAUUAUGGCUGCAUUCUGGAGAUAAGAAAUGUUGAAUUCUUUGCUGAUGGUCGCUCUGUUGUGGAUAGCAUUGGCAAGAGGAGAUUUAAGGUGAUACAGCACAGCCAGCGUGAUGGCUAUAAUACAGCAGAUAUUGAGUACAUUGAGGAUCAAAAGGUGCAAGGGCAAGACUAUGCUGCAUUACUUGUUCUCCACGAUUCUGUCUAUGAUCAGGCAUACAUGUGGUUUAACUCACUCAAACAAGCGCUCAAAAGUCGAAUUCUCAGUCAUUUUGGUCCAAUGCCAGCUAAAGAUCCUGACCCACAGGCUAACCCUAAUGGGCCAGCCUGGUGCUGGUGGGUCCUAGCUGUCCUUCCACUUGAGAACAGAGCUCAGCUCCCUUUCCUUGCCAUGAAAUCCCUCAAAGACCGCUUGAAUGGCAUCAGACGUGUCCUUACAUUCAUGUCUCGUACAAGAUCACGGUGAUGGUGAGGAGGAGAGCUGUGAUGUCUUCCACAGUACUUGACUGUAGAGUGUCUCUUGUAACUUCAUCUAACUGCAAUAAUGUCUUACAGAUCUGAGUGUCAGGAUGUUUCAAGCCUGAAUUUCAAAGAAAAUAAGUUAUAAAGAGCAAAGGAUAUUUAUGGAUGCUUCAAUAGUUUCCUUUUGGAACUCUUUCCGAGAUGUUUAUUCAAUCACUGCACUGCUAAAUUAAUAACAAAUGUGAUAGAACAAAAAAGUGAUCUUGUUUGCCAUAAACCUUUUAAAAAGCUUAAGAGGUUUUUUAAUUUAUUUUUAUUUUAUUUUUUGUAGUGGAUAAAGGAAAUUGUGCAGUUUAAUGUGAAGCAGAAAUAAUAAUGUUAAUGCAUUAUUUCAGUGAACUGCGAAGUCUUUUAUUCCAAAUGGUUCAGGUUUUAUAUAUAGCAUUGUGUAAAAUAAUGUUCACAACUUCCAUUUGAUAAUUUAUUUUUGCACUAUGAUUAUUUUGUUUGUUUCCAAAUGUAUAUUAUUUAUGUGUACAUUCUCUAAAGGAAAGUGAGUCGCUCUAUUUAUUUAUAGUGUUAUUACCCUGCAUUUAUGACUGGGGAGGAAACAACGAUAUUAGCAGUGCACAGCAGCUGCUUUAGUCAUUUUUUCAGUAUAUUUGUGUUCAAAUAUCUUGAAUGUUUUUCUACUUAUCCCCAGUUUUAUAGCAGCCUAAGAAGGAUUUUUUUUCCCCCUGAAACAGCCUGCCAUGAAGUCUUCAAAACACACACAUUAUCUGAGAUAAUUGAAGCAUAGUUGUUAGAAUUUGAUCCGACACUUGCAGCUUGGUCCCUGCUAUCACAAAACAGUCAAGCAUGUGCUUAACCUUAAGCGUGAGCUUUUUAAGGGCUUUGCUAAAUUCAAGUAUUGACUUCAGUGGGAACUGGCCAGAGGGGUGACUGAAGGAUCCAUUCCUUAAUAUUCCACAGAACAGAGAAUAACUUGGAAUUAAAUUGAUACUUGAACUCUUUCUCGCAAAAAGGAAUAAUGGCUACAACAACUGCUAACAAAGAACCACAAUAUACAAAAAGUGGUUCCUCAUAAAAGAAAACUGGAAGUUUUGGUGUAAUUUCAUUGUAGGUUAUUACAUAGAUUCUUUAUAUCAAGCCUUGUCGUUGUUAAGAUCUUGCUUUAUUUCUUUUUUUAAUUGUUUGGUGGGAUUUGAUUUUAGGGGAAGGGGCGGGGGGUUGCUUUGAACCGUAGGACUCGAAGAAGGCAGUUUGUGCCACAUGAGAAGGAAUGUGAAACAUGCUAUUUAUUUCACCCCGAUCUUCAGGUUUCUGUUAGCUUCAAAUCUCUACCCAGCCACUGCAUUUUCCUUAGCAGAGGGCGGGUAGUGUUGCUAAUAACAGCUAAUGCCCAAGGAGAACGAGUGGAUUUUAGGGUGAUCGUUUCUAGCUCUAAUGCAGAUAGAAACAGGGCAGAACGGAGAAUAGCAGUAACUUGGUUUUGGUUUUAAAGCAAUAGUUCACUUUUUCACUGCUUUUAUUGCUUUCUGUCUGCCACUUUCUGGGAUUGAUCUUGCCUCCACUGGGAUGAAUUUAGCUUUCACUGAUUUCAAUGCAAGCAGUACUGGGCCUUUUAUUCUACACUACUGUUUUCCUUUUCAGUGGAAAAACAAAUGAGUUGAACUGAAAAUACUGUGGUAUGCUACAAGUUUCUGUGUUAUUUUUAUCCAGGAUAGCACUGUUUGCCAUUCCAUGCCUUUUGUGGAAAAAUGCAGUAGAAUUUAAUGCAUUUUUCCAUAUGGUUUCUGUACCAUUAUUAUAUCAUCAGAAAUAUUUACUAUAUAAGAGUAACGUCUGCACCCUUAAGUUUCCAUAAAACUAUGUUUCCCCUCUUGUUAAAUUCUAUAGGACUUUUCCAUAAGGCUACAAAGAAACUAAUGGAAAACUGAAACAUGUUUCAACUUUAUGAAGGAAUAUGUAUCCUGUAUUUGCAUUUAGCUACUCUAGAAAUGCUACAACUCCUUUCCAUACUGCUAGAUUGCUUCACUUUUUUCUGUAGAUGGUACUUUACAUGCUACUCUGUGAAUAAUGUAUAGAAAUACGUACACAUUCUGAACAAUAACAAGUGUGGUGGCUGAGGCCUGCUAUGGCAUUUGUCUUCGCAAGUCAAUAAUUAAGUGAUUUUUAUUUGUUUGGAAGUGAAGCUGCAUUAAAUACAAUUCUUCCUUAAACCAUUAUGUAUUAAUGCAUAACAUAAGGGGCCCAUAUUGCUCCCAUAGAAAUAAGCUGGCAUUUUUCCUCAUAUUGGUGAGAAAAGGAUCUUAAAUAUCUCUCAUUUUUAGACUUCCUCACUGAUCUUGUUCUUUUUCCUGCAUGCUACAUCUUCUACGUGCUUAUAUUCUGCCUAUUUCGUUGAUUUAGAAAUUGCCAUGGGAAGAAUCCUUGAUUUUUUUUUUUUUAAGUGACUAUUGUCCUUUUUUAUUAGCCAGAGGUAAAGCUGCCAGAAUUUCCUAAGCAGAAAUUUGUGUGCGUGCAACUGUAGUCAUGCACACCCAGUGCAUCUGUUGCAACCUGAAAACACUGGACCUGUUGCACAUAACGCAUACGGUUGAUUUGCAUGUACACAAUAAAUCCAACAGAGAAAGCUGAUCUGCACAUGUACAGCAGCAUUCUGUCUGGGACUGCUCUCUGGCCACGCAUCCUAGAUCAAUGUAUAAAGUGUGCAAAAUCUAUCCAUGGGGGAAAAAAAAAUGAGGGGAAAAAAAAAUUCCUGGGACAUACAAACCUGUUCAGGAAAAACUGGAUGAAGAGUAGCCUUAGCCUUUGGUGAGUUAAGAUGAUAACGAUUCAGUAAUGAGCUUUAAAAACAAAGAUAUUUCAAUUAUGCCACAGCAUUGUUGAGCUUUUCAAUUGUAUUAAUUGGUGCAAUUAUGUGAAUGGAACACUUAUUAGAAGCAUGAAUAAACAGCUGGAUAGAUUUUAAAAAUACCUUCACUUUAACUAUAGAUACAGCAUUGAUCAGAUAAGAUGCUAAUUGGAGGGUAUUUUAUUUGUGCUUCUCACGGUAUUGUAGACACCUAUUUGUUCCAUACAGAGUCUUGCUGAUCUUACUGAAAAAAAUCAUGACUCAAUCUUGCAUUUCCUUUAUGGCUGGAAGUAUUGAUUAGUCUGUUGUUUAGGGCAUAAGCAAUACAUAGGCUUUUUGCUAGCCCUCCAUCAAGGUUAAUUUUCAAUUGAUGCUAGAUCCCCCUGAGUUAGGAUUACUAAAAUCAAUGGAAAUUUUUUGAUUCCAUGGAAAUGUGAUCAGUCCCUCCUAAAAGAAGGAAAAUAGAAAAAGCCACUCCCCUGUGAGGUGGGGGGAAAAGGCUCAAACUAUAAUUAAAUAAUCACCAGUCUCCAAGAGAAUAUCAUGUGCUAAGCCACCUAAACCUCUCCUGGAGGCUUCUUGAAAGCUUUAGACUUCCAUUUGUGAGACAGUUUUGUUCAUUUGUGAAAUCUCUUCACUCUUCCGCAAGUGAAGUAUUUAAUGCAAAUACAUUAAAUAACAAAGGCUGGCUGUGUCACCCUUCCAAAUAUCUGUAUGUAUGUACAUGGUUUCUAAUUAAAAACAGUCUCUCAGAUAAGUAUUAUGUCGUCUUCCAGAAAACUUAUUUAUCAUUCUCAUGUAUAGAGCAAUUUCUGACAGUCAUGGCAACUUUCCUUUGUUUUAUAUGCUACUUUGGCUAGCAAUAACUUAAAGGAAAAUAUUUCCAUGAAAAAUUGGCUGGCAUAACUUGGUUGAAAGAAAACCUGAGGUAGGAGUAGAUUAAUUAUGAAAAAACAUCAAACCCAAGAGUGACCUCAGACACAGUUGUAGAAAGUUGUUUAGUAGUGUUAAUGAAAUGAUAGAACGGUCUGGAUCUAAUUGACAUUCUGCUGUUAGUUGUAACUAAAUUCCUCUUAUUACUUUAUUUUUAAUUUCAAGUGCUUCUAUCUUCUCUUCCUUUAGCAUGUAGCAAUAAGAAAUACCAUCUGUCAUACUGAAUGGCUGAUCUAUUGCUGGGCCUGUGCUUCCGUCCUGUAUGACUGACUGCUCACUAACAGAACACCUGAACCAUUGACGACUUAAUUCAAAGAUUAUUUUAAUCUCUGGGGGGAAAAAAAAGUUUGGAUUUAGCAUUUAAAUUUAUGCUGCAUAGUAAACUGUAUAGGGAGAGAGCUUUAUGGAAAAUCAAGUUUUGUGGUUUAGAUGGUGAUUUAAUGAUUUCUGCUUGGUGCUGGAAUUUUACUAGUGUUCAACAUAAUGACAGGAGUUAGAGUUCAAUGCAAUGUUUAGAAAUGGAGAACAUAUUCACAAACUCUUACUUAAAUGGUAGUUACUCUACUUUUUUUUUUUUUUUUAAUAUGGAAAAUCUAAUGGAACUGUAUGCACUUAGAGUAGCGUGCCCCAAACUGCUUCAGUCUGCACGUCCUACAUCAGGUAAGCUCAAGCCCCCCCUUAGUUUUCACUUAAUUUAUCAGCUUUACAACCUAACUUGUAACUGUGCAGCAUAUAGUUUACCAUCUGGUGAUCUGGAGUCUCUUCCAAAGCCCAGUAAAGCACUGGAAGACUUACAGCUACAAAAAGAAGGUAAAGUUUCAGCACAGUCACUAUUCUGAAACACACUGCUAAAACAUACUGUCUGGGACCAAGAAACUAAUCUGCUUAGUCAAGAUUAAAAUGGUGGAUAAUAAAUAAAAACUGAACUAUUACACUGACUUACUCAUCCAGGUAUCAAGUGAAGUGCUUACUAAUGUCAGAGUUUCAUAAGGUCUAAAUUAACCCUCACAUAGAAGUGCCUGUAUUCUGUUAUUGGCUGCCAUUCUUGAGCUUUUUCAGAAAGUCAUAGCCAUAUAUUUUAUAGAUAUACACACACACACGCACCUUUAAAUCUUUACAUUAAACUCGCAGAACAAAGGUUUACAGAGCAGAAGUGUAGCAAAAACAAUGUAAUAGCUUCUAUAACGUAAUGGCAAUGGAGGGGAAACGUACAAAAAUCAGGAGGAAAAGACUAUCUGUGUAAAGAUGUCUUAAUACGACACCGUAUAGUUAUCCCAUUUAAUUCCAUCAAGCUAUGUGGUUACAAGAGUGCCAGAAAUAUAUCAAGCCAUUUUAAAUAAAAACAGUUCUUUGUGGGCUUGUGUAUUCCAUUUGUUUGUAAAACAUCAUUUUUGUGCACUGUACUGAACUUGAAAUGAAACUUAAGUUAUACUCUUAUAUCACUGAACAGAGUACUGUUCAGCUACCUCUGCAUAAGAUUGAAGUACUUUAUUUUUUCCAAAUUUGUUUGCAUUGUCAUAUACAAAUAUUUUUUAAAAAAAUCAUAGUCCAAAGAACCUGUAUGUGUUUGUAGAUGUACUUAUAAUUAUGUUGUACUGACAGUCUGUGUGGAGAGUUGUGUUUGCUAAUUAAAAUUUUUGUGUUCUUUA